UUUUUUUUUUCUUCUUGGGCUCUUCCUAUCUUGCACAACUUCUUUAGGAUUUCUAGCAUCUGCGACCAGGAUUCGGCUCCUCCCCCCUCGCUCUUAAUCUCCUAGAAACUCAGACAAUCACCUCUGUUAUGUCAUCGAUUUCUUCCUUCAAUCUCAUCAUUUACUGCUUGCACACUGCUCAUCCCACUCUCUCUGAAUUAAACAUCGCCAUUAUUAUCAAAAGGUAGCCGCUUGAGACUCUUCACUAUAAAACUAUAUAACGGUUCCUUCUCCCUGCGAUGAAGAGCCACAUUUCUACGAGAUCCCUAAAUAAAAACUUCAUCAAGCUUCGACUCCAGCUAUGGCUACUUCCUACACGCUACUUGCUAACUUUAAGGCUGGUCGCUGUUCCACACCGCUGAGGUUCGACUUCUCAUGUUUUGGGAGGCUCGGAAUAUCAGAAAAGGUGGCAAACAUAUGAGUGUCGACAUGCUUUUCCUGGAUGAGAAGUCGACUCUUAUCCAAGGAACCGUGCAUGCGUUUCGAAUCCCCCAGAUUCAGAAGUCUUCCUCCAUUGUUUCAGAAUACACUCAGGAGCUGACUCUUGCAAUCUCUACCACCUCAGAGCAACCUUCCUUGCUUACAUCCUAUAAGCUUAAGGUGGAUUGAUACCAGCAUGGAUAGCAUGACUCUGAUCAUUGUGAGGUAACAAAAUGUUUGCUUCCAGUUUGAUGAAUGCUUAAUUGCUCUUAAAUUUAACACAUGUGCAAGUCGACUACAAAGUCAUGAGCGUGGAGAAAGUGAUGGUCCAUUUUAAAAUGAAGAUCCAAUGUCCCUACUUAUUUAUUGAAUACUCGGUAUAACACACAUUCCCAUGUUUUCUUUGUCUGUUGGUAUUUUAUGUAAUGGAAGUGUCCAUCUUUUGUCAAGGAACUGUGACAUCGACAUAAAGCAUUUUUGAGGUUUAAUUCCUACAUAUACCUUUCACUCCUCUCUAUCUAAUAUAAGAUCGUAUGGAUUCAAGAAAUGUGGUUAUGUUAUUCUCUUUCAGCUGAUGUUAAAAUGCUUUAUGUGCUAACUGUCCAUCUCUUCACUCUCGAUGCACAGCUAUUCUGUACAAUAAAACCAUAACUCAAUCAGAUCGUAUGGUUGAGACAAAGCCAAUCGGCUUACUAGAUCAGAAGUGACAACCCGUUCCGGAUCCACAAGAAAGAAGCAGCAGAGGGAAGUGCAGGAAACACAGGAGAAAAGCUUCAGGGCACAUAACGAAGGAUUCUUUAUCAAAGUAGAGUCAAUGUGUGAUUAUGUGUUGAGUGGAGCUGUGACUUCCGGAUGUUGAUAAAGAUGUAAGAUGUCCAUCCUGAAGUAGUCGCUGACGUAGUUGUUGAAGCAGACGUCGUGUUGAGUGCUGAAGACCAUGUAGAGUCAAGGUGUUGAGGUGGAGUCGUGUAGACUUGGAGAACAAGAGAAUAUCUUAGAGAUAAGGAAAGAUGAAUAAACUUGAGAAGCAAGUUUAUAACUUAAGAGAAGAGGAAUAAGUGCAUUCCAAAAAAAGGAAAGUUGGACUUAAUGUUAUGGAAGAUGUCCAUAUCCAUGUUGCAUUGGAGACUAGGGUUUCAGGAACGUGGAGAAUAAUAUAAGAUAGCUAUGGGUCGUCUGUAAAGAGAUAGAGACACAAAGGCUGAUCUUAUAGAGAGAGAAAAGCUCUUAGAAGUGUUCUUGGGUCGUGAUGAAGCACUGACUGAAGCACUGACUGAAGUACUUGACAGGAGAGAGACAUAAGCGGGUAG